GACAGGCCUUUGAAAGAACCCAAGACCAAACACAACCUCGAUGGACUCUCCUGGAGCUUGUUUAAAUCACUCGAGUUUGAUUUGAGGGGGAAUGAAUAGCCAAGAAAGCCCCAAUGAGGCGCAUUAACAUCCCACUGAGUUCAGGCAACUGAGUUGAAAGGAGUUUGUGAAGAGGCAGCAGUGAGUUUAUGGCCACCGCCCGGGACAAACAGUCCAUUGUGAGCCUCUUAUGCUAAAGGACUGACAAAAGCCGGAUCAAACUUCAUUCUUCAACACAAACUCUUUUCCAUUGUUGUGGGCUUAAUCUGGCAAACAUCUGCUGAGGGAAAUUAAACAAGGAGCUGAAGAAUCCUUAGAAUGAAGGUGAAAGUACUCUCCCACUCAUGUGUUUCAAGCAUUUACAAUUGAAAGAAGAUUUUAACAGACAUUUAACACAAUAUGGUGACAGAUGAAGGGGCUGAAAGGUGGCUCCUUGACAAAGCUGGCCUACUAUUCAACUGUGCAACAUAAGGUUGCCAAAGUACGAUCCUUUGAUCAUUAUGGCAAAGUCCCUGAUGAUGAACCUUUGUACGAGAUCUCUGUUCAGGAAGAAAUCAUUGCCCGACUUCAUUUCGUUAAAUUUGAAAAUGCUUAUAUAGAAACAUGCCUGGACUUCAUCAAAGCCCACCUGGUGAACACGGACACCAAAGUGAUUAAAGCUACGGGAGGCGGUGCUCACAAGUUUAAGAGCCUUAUCGAGAAGAAGCUGGGACUAAAAGUGGAUAAGGAAGAUGAAAUGACUUGCUUAAUCAAAGGUUGCAACUUUGUACUGCGAAAUAUCCCACAUGAGGCCUUUGUGUACGUGAAGCAUGCAGACCCUGAAUUUCGUUUUCAGACAACGCACCCAGAUAUCUUCCCCUACCUGCUGGUGAACAUUGGGUCAGGAGUAUCUAUAGUCCGGGUGGAGUCUGAAGACCAAUUUGAGCGGAUUGGAGGAAGCUCGAUAGGUGGUGGUACGUUUUGGGGGCUCGGAGCCUUGCUGACAAAAACAAAGCGAUUUGAUGAAUUAUUGCAACUUGCAUCAAAAGGGCAGCACACCAACGUGGACAUGUUAGUUCGUGACAUUUAUGGAGGGGCAUAUGAAUCCUUUGGGCUCACUGGGGAUCUUAUAGCCAGUAGCUUUGGAAAAUCUGCCACUACUGAUAAAGAGUUCACCAAAGAGGACAUGGCAAAGAGUUUACUCCAUAUGAUCAGCAAUGACAUUGGACAGCUGGCCUGCCUGUAUGCCAAGCUUCACAACCUCAGCAGAGUCUACUUUGGUGGUUUCUUUAUCCGAGGCCACCCAGUUACCAUGCACACCAUUACCUAUAGUAUCAACUACUUCACAAAGGGUGAAGUUCAGGCAUUGUUUUUGAGACAUGAAGGAUACCUUGGUGCCAUUGGGGCUUUUCUAAAGGGAGCAGAAGAGGACAACCCUAAUCAGUAUAGCUGGGGAGAGAACUAUGCUGGCAGUUCAGGCUUAAUGAACAGUUCCCCUGAUAUACAUCCAAUGCAGCGAACACGAAGUGGAACGUUUUCAUUUGACAUGCUGGAGAUGGACCGACUGGAUCGGCAACUGGUGAACCUUCCUCUCCUCCUCGAUGCAUCAUCAUACGUCCCAGAUACAGUUGACCUCACAGAAGAUGCCCUGGCAAGAGAGUAUUGGCUGAGCUGCUUUGAGGAUGCUUUAGAUGGUGUGGUAAAGCGGGCUGUCGCUAGCCAGCCCCAGUCACUGGAUGCUGCAGAGCGAGCAGAGAAAUUCCGGCAAAAAUACAGACACAAACUUCAAACAUUGAGGCACCAACCAUUUGCAUAUGGAUCCCUAACAGUCAGAAGCUUGUUGGACACGCGGGAGCACUGUCUGAAUGAAUUCAACUUUCCAGAUCCUUACUCAAAAGUGAAACAGAGGGAGAAUGACAUAGCGUUGAAACAUUUUCAGAAGGUUGUGCAGGCCUUGGAAUCGCUGAGCAUGGAGGAGCGGCAGUUCGCAUUAGUGAAAGGUCUCUUAGCGGGAAAUGUCUUUGACUGGGGAGCCAAGGCUGUUUCAGAUGUUCUUGAAACAAAUUCAGCGUUUGGCUUUGAAGAAGCAAAAAAGCGGUUACAAGCACGUCCUUGGCUGGUGGAUGCAUAUAAUGACUGGUUAGAACGACUUAAGGGUCCUCCUCACAAAUGUGCCUUAUUUUUCGUAGAUAAUAGUGGAAUAGACAUAAUUCUUGGAGUUUUCCCAUUUGUCAGGGAGCUGCUGUCCAAAGGCACAGAGGUCAUAUUAGCCAGUAACUCAGGACCAGCAUUAAAUGAUGUUACCUGCAGUGAGUUGGCAAUAGUUACAGAGAGGAUUGCGGCAAUGGACUCAAUCAUCAGGACAGCUUUACAAGAAGAUAAAUUAUUAUUAGUUCAGAGUGGCUCCAGUUCACCUUGUCUAGACCUGAGUCGACUGGACAAAGGAUUGGCGACGGUAGUCUGGGAGAGGAAGACUGACCUGGUGAUUAUCGAAGGCAUGGGUCGAGCUAUUCACACAAACUAUUAUGCUGCAUUACGUUGCGAAAGCCUCAAGCUUGCAGUCAUCAAGAAUGCCUGGUUGGCAGAGCGGCUUGGUGGGAGAAUCUUCAGUGUGGUUUUUAAAUAUGAAAUGCCACCAAAGUGAAAGUGAGGACUACCUUGCUGAGGAAGGACUUGGCAUUGCACUGGCACUGAGAUGUCCCCUGUGGAAUGUAAUUGUAUUUUUUUUUCUGUGACUAUAUAAUUGCAGUUUGAAAAAAAAGUCAAUAUGGAUUGGUAAAGCUUUUGUGUCAGAAGCAAUAAUAUAUAUUAUAUAUGUACAGCAACCAUAUCCUUGUUUUAAACAAAUGUUUAUUGUAUAGACACAGUAUUUGUGGAAAUCAACAUUGUUUUGCUUUUGGUCACUCGACAAUCAGGUGAAAUAUUAUCCCUUUCGCAAGCUGUUCCCUUGAAGAAAUCCCGUUGAAGGAUAAUGUGGUCUGCAGAUAAUAGUGUUAUUAGGGUACCAAUAAAGUGUAAUAUGCAUGGGGGAUAUUUUCAUACUGUGCCCACUUGGAACUCUGAAUAACAGUCAGCAGCACAAUUACAGAUGUGCUUCAAACCUUGAAUCACAUUUGAAAAGAACAAUUGAAGCUAUAUAAUACUAGGUACAAAUCUAGCGGGUACAGGUUUGUCCCAAUAUAGCACUAUGGGUAUAGUAGUGAUGGGUAAUGUUCUGUCACUAGCACUGGAGUUACAGUACCUGUGGGUACAGAUCUGUUAUUAUAUAACACUACAACCAUGAACUACUGUUGAAGUGUAGUCACUGUUGUAAUGUAGGAAAACACAUCAGCCAAUUUGCACACAGCAAGCUUCCACAAACAGCAAUGAAAUAAUGACCAGAUAGUUUAUUUUAGUGAUGUUGAGUUAUAAAUAUUGAUUAUGAUACAAGGGAAAGCUCUCCUGUGCUUCUUUGAAGUAGCACCAUGGGAUCUUUUUCGUGCACCUGAGAGAGCAGAUGGGGCCUCGAUUUAAUGUCUCAUCUGAAAGGCAACACCUCUCACAGUGCAGAACUCCCUCAGAACUAGAUGUUGUCAGUGUCAGCCUGGAUUUUGUGUCAAGUCUUUGGGAUUGGGCUUGAACCCGGAACCGACCUACUCAGAGGUGAGAGUUUUACAUGCUGAGCUACAGCUGACACCAGUACCAGCAAUGUACCCUGAACACAGCAGGUAAAGUCUCUGUGAUUUAAAACAGCUAGCGUAAAUUUCUAAACAGGGGAUCAAUGUUUUAAAACCAAAACUUGUUUUGAACUGCAGUGUGCGUCAGCUGAGCCUGACAUAUGCCUUUUGCAGGAUUGAUCAUCUGCUUGGAGAUUUCAGUAUUGUAUGCUUUUUUUCUUGCUUUGGGGUGUGAGCAAUGUGCUAUUCUAAAAGAAGAGGAGUCAUACUGACUCAAAAUGUUAACUCUGUUUCUCUCCACAGAUGCUGCCAGACCUCCUGAGUUUUUCUAGCAUUUUCUGAUUUUAUUCUAAAAGGCUUGUCAGGUUACAAGUAUUAACUUAUUUGCUGUCCCUCCUUAUGUGUCAAAGUAAGCAAUGCUCACUGCAUGAAUUGUGCAGUUUUGGGCACCUCAUUGUGGUAGGGAUAGAAAAUCAAUGGGAAAAUGUGCAGUGGAAAUUCUGUAGAAUGUUCUCAGGACUGUGGGUUAUAAUUGUGAAGUCACUUGAGAUAGCUUGGGGGGGUUGAGACGGACAGGAGCUUGGGAGGAAGGGCCAAGAGCUCAGAGGGAGGGGGACAGGAGUUGUGACGAUUCAAAGGAGUCCUGUGGAGGCCAUGAUUAUGAAGAUUUAUGGUCCAAUAAAGAGUCAUGUGUGGAGGUCAAAUUUAAAAUAAUCUGAGUUAAAAGGGCCCACCAACACUUACUGUCUUGGCUUGCAUUCAAACUCUGGCCAUAUAGGACCAGCUCCUGGAGGAUGGACAGUUUCUGUUUGCCUGUACCCAUGUAUGGGUUUACCCAGUCAGGAAAGAGGGGAGCUUUAAAAAAAUUUGAAGAGUGUAACGUGCCAUUUUCCUGAGCUGCUGUAACCAAAAUUUGUCUGUUCUCCCUUUACCAAUACCCUGUUGAAGACAUGAGAUCCCUGGGUGCUGAUUGUCAAUUGAUAAUGUUAGUCACCACGACUGACUUUUGUCCUCAGCGGAACUAUUUAGGUCUCUUGACUUGCACUGUAAUCCUAAUUUGUAUCUGUUUCUGAGGGAUGCUCAAUCUGCUUUAUUCCUGCCUCUGUAGUUUAAAAGUUGCUAAUUUAGAUGUAGACUAGAAGUAGACAUUUUGUGUAGUAUAUCUCUCCCAAGCUCACUGUAAUUGAUUUUGUUCAUGGCUAGUUGUUGCAUGUCUCACUGUGGCAGAAUGUUUCUAUCUUUGUGACUGGAGUGUCAUAGAAUCACCCAACCCAACUCUGAAGGAUUGAUCCAAUUAGACCAACUCCCCUGCAUUUUCUCUAUAGCCCAGCAGUUUUUUUCAAGUAUUUGCCCAAUCCGCCUUUGAAAAUUACCAAUGAGUCUGUUUCCGCCACCCCUUCAGUCUGUGCACAAGCAAUGUCAGCGAGAGUGGACUUUAAGAGGAGAGGGUGAAAGGAAGUGCAACUUCCUUUCUUUACUGCAAAAGUUGUGAUCCUCUGCAGUAACAGCAGAGUGUUAGUAAUUGUGCAAGCUUGCACUACCUCCUGACAGUAUUGCUUAAAUGGUUACAGGAGUGAUUAUUAAAGGAUUAUAAGAUUAUGGAGUAGGUUUUCAGCAUCAAUUCUCAUGCUAUUGCUAUUAAAAUCUAUCCAGAAAACUCAAACUUGCUGCCUUACAGUGCCACAUACAUCAGUAGCACUACAACAGAUGACCAUUCCUCAUGAAUGUGCUUAGACAACAUGUCUCACCACACUGUUUGACCGUGGGAAAUACCACAAAUGAGCUUGGCCCUAUUCUUGUCCAAUAUUUGUGCAUACAGGCACUUUUCUAAUAGGAGUUGCCAAGCAGCACUCAUGAGCAGGAACCCUGGCUGGUUUUCCCCCACCAGUAGCCCUGGGGGAGCUUUGACCAAUUGUUCAGCUUGUAUUGCCACUCUGGCUGAGAUCAGCUCACUCAGCAUCGGUCAAACCUGGGUUCUUCCUGAUCUCAGUGGCUAAGUGUUGCAACUGGCACAAUCAAACCACUGAAGGAGUUUUUUUUAAGUUAUGUGGAAAAAUUAUUUUAAUGAGAUUUUAUCGUGCCUUUUAAUUUAGAACCAGCACCUUGACUCACUAAGAUAGUCGCAUGAUAUUCUUAUUGGCUGAAUAUAGUGACAACAGAAGCUGUGGCCAGAAUGGAGAUGUUAGUGUAAUUCCCCCGUCAAUCACACCUGGAGGCUGCACUGCUGUAAGUAAUUGGAAUUGCUUUUACGCAAACAAUUUUUGUAAUUAUCCUCCACUUAGCUGGAGAAACAAUCCUGCUGUAGUUUCAAUCAUGAGUUUGGACACUAUAUGAAUUCCAACCACAAGUCCUGACCUGCACCAGCUGACACAGUGGUGCCAAUAUUCACUUUGUUUCUUUCUUUAAGCCCCAAACAACAACCCCUGCAAAUUUUUUGUUGUGUGUGACUUAUUUAUUUCAAUGUGCGAUAUGUUUAAAUGUCUUUGCUUGGACACUGUUGUGCAUGCGUGAUGUCUUAAAGGGGACAACUUGUGAACAACUUACGCAUUAUUUUCAUGAUUACUGUGUGGCUGUGCAUGCACACAGUUUAGUGGGAACAUUAGCCCCAAUUAAUUAAUGCUUUGGUCUCUUCCUUGUUAAGCCAGAUAGCUGUCUUCAGGAAAUGGUGUGAAUUUCUGAGUGGUUUACUAGAUAAUAAACGGUGCAUCGGAAGCACUCCUUCAAAUUGAACAGUGACAAUAGGACAGGUUCAAGCUGGCAAAGGUAACAUUAGAAUGAACAUCAGGAAGUUCUUCGGACUAAAAAUGGCUAGCAGGUGGAGUAAUGGGGGCACAAAUCAUCUAAGAAGCUAUUGGGUGCUGUGAGUUGGGGCGAAGGAACCUUUCUGGAUGGAUGAAUUAAGAUGGGCUAAAUAGAUAGAGGAAUCUUUCUUUGUCUUUAGAAAAAAUAAACAUUAAAUUUAUGCAAGGACAUGCCAAAGUGCUUUAAAAGAAAUGUACUAAACAGCUGCCAAUUUUCACAGUGUAGUCCCACAAACAAUAACUGAAUGAAUGACUGGUGCUGUUUGAGGAAGGAAUUUUGAAUAGGACACCACGAGAAUUUCCUUCUCUUAGAAUAGUGCCAGGGGAUCUUUAACUUCCACUUGAGUCAGAAGUCAGGGCCUUGGUUUAAUGCCUUAUGCUGAAAGGCGGUACCCGCAGCAAUGCAGCAUUUUACUGUCCAAGUCUAUAAGGGGAUUCAAACCCAUGACUUUCUGAAUCUCAGAUGAGAGUGCUACACACUGAGCAAAGUAGACAGUUGUAAUGAAUGAUUGAGAUGCUCCAUUAAAUAACUUGAUUGUAGCCAGCCAUGAAUUUGAUUUAUAUUUGCUUAAUUAGUUAAAAGCUCCAGCCUAGACAUAAUGGACUUAAUAUACAUUUCAUUUUAUCAUUGAGUGGUAUAGAUCUAUUGUACACUGUUUAAUUUUAACACUACUUCUUAAAAGCUAUAACCAGUAUUAUGUGGCUCCAUAGGUUAUGGGCUGGAAUAUGCUGUACUGAGCUAUACCACCUAAUUAAUCCUCUUAAUAAGAAACUGCAGAAAUAGCGCUACUUUUACUCUACCCUUUUCCUAUGAAAAGCUCCUUUAGUUGUAGAAAGAAGUUUUACAGAAAAAAUUAAAAGGUGAGCAUUUUGUAAAGAAAUUAUUUCCCAUGGUGGGUUGAUGGGGGAGGGCGGUGGCAGGAGCAGGGAGAUGGUAGGGUGUUGGCACUACUUUUAAACUCACAGCAUUAAUUAAAAAUUGAUCCAGGCUGCCAGUCUCUCCAGAUUCUAGCUCAUCAUAACCUGCAGCUCUUUGCUGUUAUUGAUCAGGUCACCCUUCCUGGAUGAGCCUGCAAUCCUUGUUGAUGCAGAGCCCUGUUGAGAUGGCAGUUUAAAAUGAAUGAAACCAACAAUGUGUGAAAAGUUUUGUGGUGAGGUGGUGGGAAGGGAGGAAUUCUACCAUAUUUCUCAGUGGUGUGCAUCAGUCGAUGAGGGAGGCACUGUAGAUACAAACGUGAAACAUACAGCAAUAUUGCACCAGUGUCCCUUCCAAAUCCACUGCUGCUUAUUGUGGUCAGCUUAUAAAUUGCAUCAUGUGUUGAAAUAAAGCCAUUUUUGUUAAUGAGUUUAUAGUUCAUUCAUGAGCAAGGCAAUAGGCAACAUGUGCACACACAAACUAUCUGUGAGAAGAAUUUGGACAUCUAGGUGCUGUAAUGUGCCCAUGGUAACGGGUAACAUACAGCAAGGUGCAUUUAAACCCCUUAAGUCAGAGACUUCAGAUCUCGUAACAUACUCAGGUCACUUCUGCCAACCUCGGUAGCACUGUCUAGUAGGUUAUGUCCUGGUUUGGAAAAGUGGAUUCCUAUUUAGACGGAGGAUUUUAUAUUGUACUUGACUGUAAUAUGAGACAUAAAUAAAAAUGGUCAAAGCUAUCCUGGAUUGGCCCAGACCACACUGCACAAACAGCAUGACACAGUGUUGCCAGGAGCACAUUUGAGCCAAAGGAAUGGAUUGGAAAAGGGAAAAACCUUGCUGUAUUUUGUGAUCAACUAGAUAACUUGUGUAUAGAUUAAAUAUAGAUUAUUUUGGAA